UUCUCUUCCGUUGUUGCUGAGAGGACAGACUCCUGUGUUGUCUGAGGUAUCUAGGCAGAGCUGGAUGUGAACUUGUUUGGGGGGUUUUUUUACACGAAGAAAAUUCUGCAGCUAGGGAUUGAGAGCCACCUUAAGAGUAGUUGCCAGAGCUGUCAGUCUGAGUGGGGAAGCUAUCCGACCAACAGAGACAGCAGUUGCCAGCAAAGACAAGCUCCAUCCACAAAAUAUAGCCAGCAGCCUUGAGGAGCAGAGGAGACUCCUUCCGAGCACUCCUUGCCCCCUUCAGCAGCCUGUAUUUCCUGCCAGCCAAGAAGCCUGCCAGCUACACCUCCUGGAUUAUAAGGGCCAAGGCUACAGAUGGUAGGCUUGGGUAGUCAAAGCCACCUGCUCUGUUUAUUUUACUGCCUUCCCAAGUAAAAAAGAAAGAAAAAAGGAAUCAAAGGAAAAGAGAGAGGAGGGAGAAAAAGCAAGCUUCCAGCAACUUGAACGGUUUGAAGGCACGGAGAUCCCCCACUUGGAGUAUCUUCUGAUGGCACAUUUAAGUGCAGUGGUUAAAAGAACAGCUGUGAAGGAACUGGGGACAUCAGUCCUCAUGCUGAACAGGCUUUGAGUCCUUUGGCUGUGUACAUCUUAUGACAACAACAGUAGGCAUUUGCAGCCCUGAACUGAAGCGAUGACCGUUAAUAAAUCCUAGCUCCAGAGGUGCAGUUCCUCCAUGGACCUUCAUUAAAGGUGGAUGCAUUCUCCCAGAACUCACCUGAAAGAUGAGUGAUGGCACAUGGAUCACACUUAGUCCGGCAGAGUUUGCUCAGCUCCAACAGUAUUCUGACUAUUCCACAAAGAAAUUAAAAGAUGUUUUAGAAGAAUUCCAUGGGGAUGGAGUCCUCUCAAAAUACAACCCAGAACAGAAACAAGACACUCUGAAUCAACCUAUUGAUUAUGAGGGGUUCCAGCUCUUCAUGAGAACAUACUUGGAAGUGGACAUUCCAGAGGAGCUAUGCCAGCAUCUCUUUAUGUCCUUCAAGCGGAAAAUCUGCCAGAAUUCCCCAGAGAGCCAGCGGCAAAGUUCCAGCAUUCCCCAGCUGAAUACUCUUGAGAGCAAGACUAUUGAUACAGGCAUCUCUAUCCAGACUGAAGUUGCUUGCGCCCCUGUCACAGGGAUCAAUGGAAAAACUCUGCUAAGUUCCAUAGGAAGACACACUCCUGAAUCCAAAAGCCCCCAGGCAAAUCAAUCAGAGCAGCAACCAGCAUCUCUAAGUCCCACUCCAACUGCCAACAAUAAUACCCUAGCAAAUGCCUCGCCUAGCUGGUCCAGGUCAUCAUCACAGAAAUCCGCUGGCGGUACCCCCUCUGCUCACAACUCCUCAGGGUCCUCCAAGAUCUCCUCAGGCUCUCUGCUUAGCCCACAAUCCCCAGGCUCCAGAAGCCUGGAGAAGAAAUUACAAUUCAGCCUUCGAAAGAACAACAACUCUCUGAAAACUGCCAGUCUGCACUCGCCAGCCCCUCUGGCUCAGGUAGUCUACCUGAAGGACAUUGUCUGCUACCUGUCACUGCUGGAAAGGGGACGGGCUGAGGAUAAGCUGGAGUUUAUGUUUCGUCUCUAUGACACAGAUGGUAAUGGCCUCCUGGACAGUUCGGAGUUGGAUCGUAUCAUCAAUCAGAUGGUUCAUGUAGCAGAAUACCUGGAAUGGGACUCUACAGAACUAAGGCCGAUCCUGAAGGAGAUGAUGGAAGAAAUAGACUAUGAUCAUGAUGGGACUGUGACACUGGAAGAAUGGAUUCGAGGUGGCGUGACUACAAUCCCUUUGCUGGUCCUGCUGGGCAUGGAAACGAAUGUAAAGGACGAUGGUCAGCAUGCCUGGAGGCUGAAGCACUUCAAGAAGCCUGCCUACUGCAAUUUCUGUCGCACCAUGCUCCUGGGGGUCAGGAAGCAAGGCUUGUGCUGCUCCUUCUGUAAAUACACUGUCCAUGAAAGAUGUGUAUCCAAAGAGAUUGCCCCCUGUAUCAGCACCUAUGUGAAAUCCAAGAGAAAUACUAAUGUGAUGCAGCAUGCAUGGAUUGAGGGAAACUCCCCAGCCAAGUGUGAUCGGUGUCAUAAAAGCAUCAAGUGUUAUCAGGGCAUUACUGGACUACAUUGCAUAUGGUGCCAAAUCACACUUCACAACAAAUGUGCCUCUCAUAUGAAGCCAGAGUGUGAUGGUGGGCAGCUCAAGGACCACAUCUUAUUGCCUUCCCACAUCUGCCCUGUGGUUCUGGACAGGCAAUCCCACCCAAGAAGAUCAGACAGUGAAUCGCCAUCCAGCACCACCCCAGAUGAUAUAAACCAGACCUUCAGAUUCAACACUAUGACAGUGGAUGGACAUGGGCUGCAGAUUACCCCUAAGCCUGGAACACAUCCACUGCUGGUGUUUGUGAACCCUAAGAGUGGAGGGAGACAAGGGGAAAGGGUCCAUCGGAAAUUCCAUUAUCUACUCAACCCCAGACAAGUUUACAACCUGGACCGAGGGGGACCCAUUCCUGGAUUAAAUUUUUUCCGUGAUGUUCCAGACUUUCGGAUUUUGGCUUGUGGAGGGGAUGGGACUGUUGGAUGGAUCCUGGACUGCAUAGAUAAGAUAAACUUACCAAAGCACCCUGCUGUAGCUAUUCUGCCCCUCGGGACGGGAAAUGACCUUGCCCGCUGUCUCCGUUGGGGAGGAGGUUAUGAAGGAGGUAACUUAAUAAAAGUCCUGAGAGACAUUGAGCACAGUACAGAGGUAAUGCUCGACCGAUGGCAAAUUGAUGUGAUCCCCAAUGACAAAGAAGAAAAUGGCGACCCAGUCCCAUACAGCAUCAUCAACAAUUAUUUUUCCAUAGGAGUGGAUGCAUCCAUUGCACACAGAUUCCAUAUGAUGAGGGAAAAACAUCCUGAAAAAUUCAACAGCAGAAUGAAGAAUAAACUGUGGUAUUUUGAAUUUGGUACCACGGAGACCUUUGCUGCCACCUGUAAAAAGCUCCACGACUAUGUAGAGAUUGAGUGUGAUGGAACAGUUCUGGAUCUGAGUAGCACUUCUCUGGAGGGUAUUGCAGUCCUCAACAUUCCCAGCAUGUAUGGAGGCUCCAACCUCUGGGGGGAAACCAAGAAACAACGCAGCUAUAACCGGAUGAGCAAGAAAGUACCUGAAAAGUUACAGUCCUCAGUUGUUACAGAUGCCAAAGAGCUAAAGUUCUGUGUCCAAGACCUUAGUGAUCAGCUCCUGGAAGUUGUGGGGCUUGAAGGGGCUAUGGAGAUGGGACAGAUCUAUACUGGACUGAAAAGUGCUGGCAAGAGGCUGGCCCAGUGUUCCUCCGUCACCAUCAGAACAACAAAGCUGCUGCCUAUGCAAGUGGAUGGAGAGCCUUGGAUGCAGCCCCCUUGCACGAUUAAAAUUACACACAAAAGCCAAGUGCCGAUGUUGCUAGGCCCGCCCCAAAAGACCAGCUUCUUCUUCUUCAGGAGAAGAAACAGAACUCGAGAUUAAUCCAUAACCAAGCAAAGAAUACUCUUCUAAAAUGGCCAUUCUCUGAUCCAGUGGCAAACUCACAGGGGAAGCCUGUGGAAAAGAAACCUUCAUCCCUUCAGAUUUCCUGGCUUCUGUAUCUGCUUUGGAAACAUCAGUCUGGAGGCAGCAUUAUGAACUGUUAGUGGAAAAUAACAGGGUUGGCAUUCGGCAGUCAAACUGAAAUAGCGGUGUGGGUUUGUAUAUACAUGCACACAUAUCCACAUUUUCUAAAUAUCACUGGCAGGGAUAACACUAACAUUGGCGGUUCAGGAGGAAUUUUCCCCUUCACGAUGCCACAGUUCAAGGAGGGGAAAUGCUUAACUGCUCUGGUUGGGCUGUGGUGAAAGUUGGGCCUUUCGGGAGGAAAGCUGUUCUGGACAGCCAGGAAUUAUACAGCCCUGUCAGCAAGCAAACAAACAGACAUGGAAACAGCAUGUCUGACAUAGUGCUGCAGAUGGGAUUUGGGAUCUUUUCCAUUUAUUUGUACACUUUAGAACUCCAGAAGUUGCCGUUGAUCCAGCAAAUUAGAUGAGAAACCAAGCUUCGCUUAUUUAUUUUGCAAAGUUUUGUCGGGAGACAUUUGGCAUCUCGCUGCACUGCCCUUGUGGUCAUCACCAGGUCCUACACAUUAUUAGAAAUGUUAUUUAUUUUUACUUAGUUUAGAAAACACUGGGGAGACAAGAAGGGAAAGGAGGAGGUGUGUCAUGUUUUACAGCUCUUUCAAGAGCAAAGCCCUUUGCUAGCUUGGUUGUAACUUUUUUUUAAGUAGAAGCUGGUUAGGCGUUCCAUUUCAGAGGCACAUGGAUGUAGAAAGCUAUUAUUGCCAAGAGGAAACCAGAAAAAGUGAGUUAGAGAGUCAAAGGCUGGAGCCUUUUUUUGGAAGCAGCAAACAAACUCAGGGUAUUUAAAAUGUAUAAAUAACCAUGUGCAGUUUAGUAAAAAAGAUGACAAAAUUUGGAGAUCCUUUGAGCCUAGAUGUUAGACCUCUGUGUUAAUAUUUUUGUAUUUUUUUCCACAUGUGGAGGUUUAUUGGGGGAAGGGGUACUGAACACAUUCAGCUUAUGUGAAAUGUCUCUGUUUUCCUGGCAGCUUUUGUGAAGAGAGCUUUUCUGAACUGUCUUUUAUGGGAUUGAUUUAAUCCAGUGGCAAAUAAUGUUGGCUUGAGUGUUGGGUGCGUGACAAUAGUCUGAAUCUGGGAUACAACUUUAAUUCAGAAUCAACUGCAAUUUCUACAAUAGGCAUUUGACUGCUAUUAAAGGCCAGUGUGAUCUUGUGAUAAAAUUUAAGCAAUCUCAAAGGUCAAA